GACAUUCAUCCCCCUCCAACGGCUACCGCUGCUUCCAACGCAGCGCCGCCGCACGCGGCCUCCUCCUUCCCCUCCCCCCUCAACAACCCAACCGCCUCCUCCUCCAAACAAAUCCACGGGGAACCAUCUCUCUCUCCUCGCCCCCGCCGCCGCCGCUGCUCCUCCUCCGAUCGGUGGAGCAGCAGCCUUCAUGAGCAGGAAGGGCGAGGCGGGUCUCGAUCGGUGGAGGGGGAAAGAUUUCUCCUCCAGUUUUCCUCUAGUUUUGAUCCUGGAGGAGGUGGCUGCUGCAUCUUCUUCUUCACCGAAGAUUGGAGGAGUGGAUUUCGUGUGGUUGUUGCGGCCGACCGCUUUCUUGCUCUCUUGGCUCGUCGGCCUCCGCCGCCGAUGCUGCGGGAUGCCGUCCCCCGACGCCGCCGCCGGCGAUAUUGAGAGCGCCCUCGACGACUUCGCCCGCGCCGACGCCGACUGCAUCGCCGCCGCCCUCGCCUGCGGCCGCACCAGCUUCUCCUACCGCCGCCUCCCCGAGCCGCGCCGCCUCCGCCUCACCGUCCGCAAGCUCGACGACUCCUACUUCGAUGUGCAAAUCGCGAGGUCAGCCGCGGUGUGGGAGCUCAAGGCGGCCAUCGAGGACGUGUUCGCCGCGCUCUACGAUGAAACGGACAACAAGGCCAUCUCUUGGCAGCACGUGUGGAGCCACUUUUGCUUAUGUUUCAAGGACGAGAAAUUGACAGAUGACAAGGCAACAUUGCGUGCAUUUGGUAUAAGAGAUGGUGAUGAGGUUCAUUUUGCCCAGCAUCUUUCUGUUGAAUACAGACCCUGCAAGUCCCUUUCCCUCAGAAGGUCAAGGACUUCAUUGGAUGAUUUCAGUGCUAGGUCAAGGAGUUUGUUGGACGAUCUCGGCGAAGAUGAUGGUGAUAAGUUUAUCGACACGAGGCAUUCUACUAGUGUUUUGGAGGAAGGGCUAUAUGUUUAUCAGCACGAUGAGGAGCGCAUGGAAGAGAGUCGCAAGAAGGGAGGCUUCUUUAGCGGUUGGUUCUCCUAUUCUAGAUUGAGGGGCAACAGUAGGACACAUUCAGAGGAUGCCAUCCAAUCCUCCUGCGAAAAGAGAGAUACUCGAACUCGGCCAAAGCUGGGGAGAUGGUUGUCUUCCAAAAAAACUAAAGGCACAUAGCAAUCUAGAUUGCCAACUGUAUCUCACACGUGUUGCUUUGUUCUUCUGAAAUGAAAAUCAAAAUUACAUUCUUGUCAGCAUGAUAUGAAUGCUUCUUACUUCAACACGAUGAGAAGUGGCUCCUGGCAUAACUUGGAAUAUAUACCUUUAACUUAGUCAAUAUCAGAGUUUUCUCUGUAUGUAUAUAUACGUAUGUGUACUGUCUGACUCUUGUGCAGCUAUGCUUGGUUGAAGAAAAACAAUGACAAGUCCUACUAUGUGGUGCAACCGUGCAAUGAAAUAUUUCUCCUCUCUACUGAAUCUUUCGUUGCAUAAGAGAUAAGAGACAUGCUUGAUGCCUAACAGAUUUUCACGGAACAUUUAGUGAGCCAACUCUCUCAAAUUUUGAUGCUUUACAACUUACAAUUUAUUGUCAUCCUACACAUAGAAUGAACCCAAGACAACUUGGGCCAAAAAAAAAAAACUAUCCAUACUAAAAUGAACAAAUUAAACAUUUAAACAGCAGCAGCAGUAGAAGAUCAAAGUGUAGAAGCUAACUGAGAAGAAAGUGUAGAAGCUAACUGAGAAGAUCUUGAUUAUCACACAGAGCUUGAGAUCCCCAGGGCUAUGUCUCCAGUUCUCCACAACACAAGACUACUAAUGCCCAGGGCCUCGUGGACUCGGUCCGGCCCUGGCGACGGCGAACACCGGCAGCCUCCCCACCGAGAACCCGCCGCCGCCGCCAACGUGAUCACGCAGAGGCCUCGAGCACUCCACCGCCGUGCAAAGCAGCAACACCACCACCACAAGAACAGCCAGCUGCAUCAGCGACAACGACGACGACGACCGAAACCCCAUCCCCAACUCCGCCGCGCUGCCAAGAACACUCGAACAAGCUAGCUAUCUUGAAGAUGAAGAAGAUCGCGGUCGUAGGAGCAGGAGUAGUAAGGGUGUUUGAUUGGCAGAGGUUGGCCAU